ACGGACGGAGAGAGACAGAGAGAGCGACAGAGAGGAGGUAAACCAGGGAAAAAUUUGGCAAAGACAAAGGACUGAACGGACUUUAGGAAAAUAGGAGAGAGUCGGUUGAGUUUUUUAGACCGGUUUAUGACAGUCCAGCCGUGACACCACCGACAGGAAGCGGCCAGGAGUUUUCCCAUCGCUGCUCAGCAUCAAAUCUCUGUUCCAGUGGAAGUGACGCUUCAUGGUCAGCGGCCUGGCGCAAUGGAAAGAACUGCAAAGCUAUAGGCUUGAUGACUGGAUGGAAAGAUCUGUCAACACACUCACAGAAGAUGGAGGAAGUGGAAACACACAGAGAGCAGCGGCAGUUUGAUUGACGACACCACUGUGGUGUUGGAGGAAUAACCAAAAACAUCUGGGAGCAUCUGGAGUAUCUUUGUUUGCGAUCCCAUCUUGAGUUUUCACCUCCUCCCUCCGUCUGACCUUACUUCAGGUCUUCCCUUUCGAGAGUCACCAUACACAAAGACACACGAGCGCCUCUCUUCCAAGCGGCUGAGAGGUUGCUAUAACAAUGGCUGUGAUGAUGCUGAUGUAGCGUCCUCAAGGUAGUAGUUGUGGAGGUAGUGGUGGAGCUGGAGGAGGCGGUGCUGGCGGCGGCAGCGGUGGUGGUGGUGGUGAAUGCACAGGGAUGGGAAGCGCUCCGUAUCCAGCCGCUGAGUGGAAGGGGAAGGGGCGAGGCGGCCUGCAAGAGCUGGGCUGCAUGCGCUGGAAGGUCAGCAAGCAGAAAGGAGGAGGGGAGGCGGUGGUGGUGGGAGCGGAGGAGAGGAGGUGCAGGGAUCCCACAGACUCUCAGCAGCAGCAACAGCAGGAUCUCUCAUCCUCCUCUUCCUCCCUCACCCCCCCACAGCCUCCUCAACCCCCUCUGACACCCCCAGCUAUUUAUCAUGAGAAGCAGCGGAGGGAGCUGUGCGCCCUGCACGCGCUCAAUAACGUCUUCCAGGACGGGACUGCCUUCAGUAGGGACACCUUGCAGGAGAUAUACCAGAGGCUUUCUCCCAGCACUCUGGUGACACCUCACAAGAAGAGCAUGCUGGGAAAUGGGAACUAUGAUGUAAAUGUCAUUAUGGCAGCCUUGCAGACCCGAGGGUUUGAGGCAGUUUGGUGGGAUAAAAGAAGGGAUGUAGGCAGCAUUGAGCUGUCCAACGUGACGGGCUUCAUUCUGAACGUGCCAUCCAACCUGCGCUGGGGGCCUCUCCGGCUGCCGCUCAAACGCCAGCACUGGAUCGGAGUCCGAGAGGUGGGCGGAGUCUACUACAACUUGGACUCCAAACUGCGUAGCCCUCAACCCAUCGGCAGCCCGAAUGAGCUCAGGAAGUUUCUCCGCCAGCAGCUGCGAGGGAAGAACUGUGAACUCCUAUUGGUCGUCUCAGAGGAAGUGGAGGCGCACCAAACCUGGCGGUCCGACGGCUGAGGGUUUAACCAGCCGAUCACAGCUCCAGCUGGACCAACAGGCCAAUCACAGAAUGAAUGGGAGAGGAAGUAGAGUCAUGCACAGCCCCCUCCCCUCCUUUUUGGGUUUUGUUUACACAGCCAUUGCUGGACCCUUAUCUGAUUAGAUGCAAAGCAAUGAAGGAAGCAAACACUUUACAGGGAGAAUCAAUGAAUCACAGUCCUUUACUCACAACACAGUUAAGACUUAUAAAAGUUACUAUUCUGUUUCUGCUAUUCUUGUGUUUUUAUAUAUAUUGACUAUUUUUCAAUGUCAGUUUUGAUCUGUUAAAUUUUUUUCCUUGUUACUUUAUCAAGUUUCCAAAGUCAUGGGAGUUCAGGCUUUAAGAAAAAUGCUGUGUUUAUCUGCCGGUCUCCCACAAUGAUCCUCCCUGCUUCAGUCAUGAUGUUCACUGAUGUGUCUUUGUGUUUCUGUCCCUCCCCUCAUGUUGUGAACUCUCUAUCCGUAUCCUCCGUCCUUCACUUUCACCAAAGCGUGCCCUUCCUUGCCUCAGUGUGACUCCAUCUCGCUCAUCCUCUCUGUCCCUUUUUCAUUUCACAUGCCACAGUCAGUGAUUUAUCACGAUGCCAACUUUGUAUUUCACCCACUUCACAAACACUGCUGGCACAGACUGAGCCUACAGAGGCUGUGCCGACACAACAGUUUUUAUAUGCAACAAAGCAAUGCAACGCCCAGGCCAAGCACUCCCUCUAGUGGAUCUUUGCCUCAGUUUCCUAUUGAGGAAGAAGUAAAAGGCCAUUCAUCCAGGUUUUUUUUAAUUGUUCAUAUUCAAAUGGUUACAUUAAAGUAAUGAAGAAAUCGAGGAAAUAAUGCAAUAGUAACAAUUAUCAUUUUUCAUCAUAAUAUAAUAUAUAUCAAAUUCUAGUAAGAAGAAAACCAGUUGUCUAAAUUAUUGGUAAAAUCAAACGUACUGAAAUGUUCCCAAAAAAUUAAAUCACAGAAAUUGGCCAUAUUUUGUAUUACCAUGCACAGUUACGGUGUGAUCUAGAAUAAUCUCAAUUCAAAGUCUGCUUACAAGUUCUGGAGCUUUUGACCACGUGACAUGGUCCUCUUCAAACUGAGAGUAGAUGUACAAACUUUCCAGUAGUGCUGAAACAGCAAGUUGAUCGUGAGGAAAAAUUAUUGGCAUGAAUUUUGAUGAUUAGUAAUCAUUUAAGUAAUUAUAAAAAAAACCGACAUCUGAUUCUCCAAUUCUCUGAGUCAUUUAUGAUGGUAACAUUAAUAUUUUGGGGUUUGGGACUGGUACUCAGACAAAACAAGCCAUUUAAAUAUGUAAACUUUGUGCACUGAGAAAUGUUGAUGCCAAUUUUGUAACAUUUUUCCGACCUUUUACUGACCAAAUGAUUAAUCAAUAAUCAAAAUAACCACCAGUCUCCGCUCUGCUUUCCAGCAUACGGUUCUGUCCCAGCUGAGUACACUUGAUCUGCUUAUGAGGACUGUGUGUUUUGGUCAAAAGCUCCAGACCAAAUGAUCUUGUGAGUUUAGACUGUCAGUAAUAACCUGAAUAAUUAUUAUGAGGUUGUAGGUUCAAAUUAAUGAAAAUAAAUAUAAUUGAAUGUGUCCAUAUCAACCACUCUUGCUUAAUUAGAGCCACAAUUAUUUCUUGCACAGUGGCUCCACACUGGUCCAAAGGGUCACCACCACAGCCCUCUGUAGCACAGGAGCUCAGCUGAUGCAGGGCUCCUCCUCCUCUUCUUACACAUUUCAUGUCAAAUCUGCCAAACACAGCUCAGAGAGGACGUCACAGAUCGUCCCACCAAGUCAUAUACAGCCAGCAGGGGUCUCUUAAUAAGUGAGGAUUCAGUCUGAGGAGGGGUUCGGUCGUUGGUUGCGCGAAGGGAAGUUGUCAGAUGGAGCGCGAAGAGCCUGGGUAGAAAGAAAAGUGAAAGUUGACAGCCCGGCUAGUAAGCUGCGUGUUGAUUAUUGUGAAAUGAGCCUUAUGAGAGAGUUUGUAGCUGUCAAAUCAAUCAGCUUAAGAGAAACUGUUAAUACUAUACAUGUAUUGUCUGUUUACGAAAAUAUUGGCCUUAACUUGUUUACAUAAGAAAAUAUUUGUUGCUCUGAAAUAGUAAGAGGGGCUGUGCAGUUUGACUCCAUUUCAGGAGAUUUAUUCCAAAGCACCAAUUUAUCGUAAAUGUAGAGGAGCUCAUCAAAUAUGAAUUUUUCACUUUUGCAGCCAAGGGCUUUAUGUUAUUUACAAUUGCUUGACAGUAUGAUUUUUGUAAAGACAAGAUCAUGUUUUUCAAGGGUGUGUCUUAUUUUGGAACAAAACUGUUCACUUCCAGCUCAGUCUUUAGACCUUUAAUGUCAAAUCCAAGUGAACCUGCAUCGAAACAUCAGAGAGGCUGGCAUUCAUGUGCUGAGAUUUUUGGACCCAAUUCCAUUAUGACUAAUGUCUCACAAUUGCAUUCAACAUUUGCUGUUUUUGCCAUGACAAUCCAUCAGCCCUUCCUACUUAAGGAACACUGAUUGUCAUUGUAUUUGUUUGUUUUUGUUUUUCUGUUUGUUUUUUGCAUAGAAAUAAAAUGCUUAUAAUGGCACUUUAUGUAUAA